CCUGCCGGUCGGUUUGGGGACCAUCGGUGAGAUGAUUGCUUGUGCGGCUUGCUCGUGCCAAGAUGCUUUCCAGUGGAUAACUACUUUUUGAUAUAUUUCCUUGCCGGAAGUGACUCCCACUUAAGGAUUAAUCAUGGUGGACAUCAACACCCGGCAAGCGAUGGAACUGGGAGUCCCCGACAUGACAGCCCUCAGUCACAUCGACGAGGACACCAUCAACUCCAACCUCAGGGCACGCUACCGCAAGGACAACAUAUACACGUACACAGGAACAAUACUGAUCGCCGUGAAUCCCUACAAGGAGCUCAGCAUUUACGACACGGACUGGGUACUCAAAUACAACGGCCAGAAGAUCGGUCAGCAAGAGCCACAUGUGUAUGCCAUAGCAGAGUCUGCGUAUGACAGCUUGCAGAAUACGACCAGCAAUCAGGCCUGUGUCAUCAGCGGUGAGAGUGGGGCGGGAAAGACAGAGACUACGAAGUUCAUCCUGCAGUAUCUCUGCACUGUCACCACGAACGUGUCCACGUGGAUAGAGCAACAGAUCCUUGAAGCCAAUACAAUACUGGAGGCAUUUGGCAAUGCAAAGACGGUUCGCAACGAUAACUCGAGCCGCUUCGGCAAGUUCAUCCAGGUGUGCUUCGACCGGCGCUUUCAGAUCAAGGGAUGCAUCAUCCAGGACUACCUCCUCGAGCAAAGCCGAAUUACCUUCCAGUCGUCCGGGGAACGAAACUACCAUAUCUUCUACCAGUUGGUGGCCGGAGCGCAAAGGAGCGCGGAACUGCGGGAUCAGUUUCAGAUCGCUUCUGUAGACAAGUACACGUACCUAAGCCAGAGCGGCUGCGUUGCCAUCGACGGUGUGGACGACGUCCUUAUGUUCGACAACCUUCGUCUCGCCAUUUCCGUUCUUAAUAUGCCCCAGGAAAUGGUGGACGGUAUCUUCAGCGUGUUGAGUGCCAUCCUAUGGCUAGGAAACUUACAGUUUGCAGACUCCGAAGAGGAGAAGAGUUCGCUGACUUCAGAGGACGAAGAGAUCAUCAUGACUGUGGCCACCCUAUUGGGACUGCAGCCGGAAGCUCUCACCUAUGUAGCUUUGCAUAGGCAGAUCAUAGUACGGGGAAACGUCACGGAGAUUCCGCUCAAAUACCACGAAGCACAGCAAAAUCGACACGCCAUGGCCAAGGCCUUGUACUCGAGGACGUUCGCUUGGAUCGUCAACUACAUCAACAUGUGUACGAGUCCCGGAAAGGACAGUAAUCGCUUUCUAGGCGUUCUAGACAUAUUUGGAUUUGAGAAUUUUGGGGUGAAUAGCUUCGAACAACUAUGCAUCAAUUACACCAACGAGAAACUGCACAAGUUCUUCAACCAUUACGUGUUUGCCCUUGAACAAGAAAUGUAUAGGCAAGAGGACAUUGUAUACUCACACAUAAACUUUACCGACAACUCUGCUUGCCUGGAGCUCAUUGAAAAGCCGCCCAAAUGUGUGCUCAAACUCCUCGUUGAAGAAUGCAGGAUGCCAAAAGGCACGGAUAUCAGUUUUGUGAGCAAACUACACCAAGAACUCGAGAGUCACCCGUACUACGUUCGAGGGGAAGACAGACGGCGAUGGGAACAAGAGUUCGGCGUCCGCCACUACGCCGGCGCUGUUGUCUACACUACUCAGGGGUUUCUCGAGAAGAACAAGGACGUUCAACAGGACCAGCUCUUCGAGAUGAUUCGGAAGUCCACCAACGCCUUUGUCAAGGACCUCGUCAAGUUCCAGGACCUGCUGGAAGUAACCCUGUCUCGCCUGGCAGCUGGCGGGACGACCAUGACAAAGACCAUGAACAAGAGUAAGCCCACAGUGGCCGAUGCCUUCAGGCACCAACUCACUGCGCUGGUGGAACUUCUGCACUCUACAGUACCUUGGUACGUCAGGUGUAUCAAACCUAACAUCUUAAAGACUGCCAACAACUACGACAACGAACAAGUCCUUACGCAGCUGAGGUAUCUCGGCAUGCUGGACAUCAUUCGCAUUAGGCAACAGGGCUACCCGAUACACAGCGGUACCGAAGAGUUUCUGAAGAGGUAUCGCUGCCUGGUGAGGCAACACAAUGUGCCAAAUGAUCCCAUAAAGGGGUGCAAGUUCAUCCUCGAGAAACUGAACAUGCCAAAAAUGGAGUGGCAAAUCGGGAAAACGAAAGUAUUCCUCAGGAGUUCAGUACACGAUCCAUUGGAGGACCAGCGGAGACGGUUGCUUAGAGAAAAAUGCAUCAUCAUCCAGAAGGUUUGGCGAGGGUGGAAGCAGCGCAGAGCCUUCCUGCAGAACCGCAAGGCAGCUAUCAAAAUUCAGCAACAUUUCCGAGGUCACCGACAAAAGAUCCGCUUUUUGCGCAUGCGCCGAGCUGCCAUCACCAUCCAGGCGUACGUGCGCGGCAUGUUCGCCCGCGAAGUGGCGUCUGCUCUGCGCGAGAUGCGGCGCGUCGAAGCCGAGAUGCGUCGCAAGGAAGAGGAGGAGAAGGAGAGGCUCCGUGCAGAAGCUGAACGCUCUGAGGCCAACAGAGCUGCUGAAGAGGAUGCUGAACAGGUCAUGAGCGUUCAGACGAGGGAAGAGUACGGAACUGCCCAAGAGGAGCUGGCAGCCAUCUCCACUUUGGUCGAGAAGAAUGUCCUGAAGCGUUCUGCAGAAGGACGUCAACCUCAUCAUCAUGGUGCAGGCGAGUGUCUCGACUUGGACGAGAUGUUCUCUUUUCUCAGCGACGUCCAGGAUCCCCACGCGCAAGCGCAGGAAUAUGUCUCUGGUAUAACGCAAGAGGUGGACUCUAUGAUGCAACGGGCCGAGGCUAACGAAGAGGUAAGCUCGCUAGCGUCGACGGACAUAUCGGCGUCUACGGGCGACCUUCAGAAUCGCGGAGAGACCGUGACGCCUAGUCCCGUCGUGUCACCGUCCCCACCGCCGCCGCCGUCGCCGAGUUUCCUGCGUUCCAGAAGUCCACAGCAGCACAUUCCCCAAGAACAGACAAACGGAACAGUGAGUCCCAAGAGGAGCAGAGAUGUUACUCCGGAGCAACAUGUUCGUCUAAGGCAUCCGAGCAACAACAGAAGAGUGACAACCGUCUCGUAUGCAGACAGUGAGGAUCCCGAAAGAGAACUCAGGCGUCGCCAUCGUGUGGAGAAGAAGCUGAUGGAAUUGGACGCUGAGGAGGAGGAGGCUGAGGAAGGCCAGUACCACGACAUGAUUGAGUUCGCGGAGCAGCACUUCAAUUCGCACUUGAGGGACUUUGGGGGUAGCAACGUCAUGCGCACUUUAGCAAGGAGAAGAAAGUCUUCGGGCGAAGUGCUGCCCAAAUAUGAGAUGGUCACCUACACGAGAACCAGUGCCAUUCCAACGUCGCACGUGCAUAUGUACGACCCCGAGAGCAUCGCUAUCGCCUGCUCCAUUUUCAAGGAAAUUGUGAAGUACCUUCGCGGUGACAACAAGAUGGAAGGUGACGUGCAGUGCAUCCAGACCGUUCUGGGGCAUGGCAUCGAAAGGGAAGAGCUGCGCGACGAGAUAUACGUCCAGCUCAUUCGUCAGUCGACCAACAACCCGAGCCGAGAAGCAUGCAUGAAGGCCUGGCUACUCAUUGCCCUAUGCGUGGUUGCCUUCAGACCUUCCAAAUCCUUCGCCAAGUACCUGUACUGUUACCUGAAGAAGAACACGAGGGAAGAAUCCGACAUCGCGGCGUACGCCCAGUACUGCCUGGACAACCUGAGCUCCACCAAUGCAACCAAUAGGAAGAUGCCACCUUCCACGUUGGAGAUCAACGCUGUGCGCCUGCGAGAAAACCUCGUGUGCCGAUUCUACUUCAUGGACGGCCGCACGAAAGCCAUCGACAUACAUCCUUCCAUCACAGCCGAAGAAGCCAUGAAGACUUUGGCCACAAAAAUUGGACUGCGCUCUCUCGAGGGUUGGGCCCUCUAUGAGAGUACGCCAGACGCCGAGCACGUGAUCAAAGGAUACGAGUACCUCGCAGACAUCAUCUACCAAUGGGAAUCAUGUCGCCGCACAUCAGCGACCCUGACUAAGUACACCACCAUAUCUAAGAGAGGACCAACCAAAGCUCUAGGCGGAGGGGAAUGUCGCUUUGUCUUCCGAAAGAGGUUGUUCAAGACGACGCGCGAGAUUCCACAAGACCCUGUGGAAGUCAGCCUUCUGUACGCACAAGCGGUACACGAUGUUGUUAAGGCUGACAGUUUCCCUGUCAUAGAGAGGGUCGCCUUACAGCUUGCUGGUCUGCAAGCGCAAGUGUCCGUAGGAGAGCCUUCGGAGACUGAAGAACUCGAUAGGUAUCGGGACGUUGAGAACUAUAUUCCUGAACGCAUAAGGGACACUCGACCAGAAAACGAAUGGAUCCAGGCGUUGUCAACUGCUCACAAGACAUACGGCAGCGGGAAGACCGAAUUGGUGUGCAAGGUAUGGUACCUGUCGAUCGUCAUGCAGUAUCCACUCUACGGCACAGCACUGUUUCCAGUCACCUGUCGAGGAUACCUCACUUAUGACCACCAGAUCCUGCUGGGCAUCAGCUGUGAGGGCGUACUGCUCGUGAACGCGGAUUCGAAAGCGAUUCUGAACGCGUACCGUUAUUCCGACCUGGAGUCUGUCAUGGUGGACGACGACAGGGUGGUCACCAUCACCUUGGCCAAGUCCCUGCCCGAUCUGCACAAGUGUUAUAUGUUCGACACGCCGAUGUACCAGGAAGUGGCUGGCCUGGUUGCAAGUUACUGGCCCAGCUUGGCUUCCUGGAUGAAGCCUUCUUAUGAGCUCAACCUACGGGGGAGGAUGGCCUUCGAGGACCGUAUGAAACUUCACCAAGAAGUGAUGAACUGCCGAAGAACCCUCGUGGACAGUGGACUGCUCAACAAACCCGAAGCUGCUGCGUUGGGACUCUUCAAAAGCACACUCCGAAAAUUAAAUCGUGGUCGUCUAGAAAAACUUCGACAAGAGUAUGGUACAGAAGGCUACAAGUCCUACCAGCACAGCUAUUGGGCCUUUACUAAGAACCCAGUAGGACAGAGCUUCCUCGUCAUGGCUGACCCAACCCUCGAGAGUACCGCCUGCAAGGUCUUCAGCUCGAUCCUCAUCUUCUCAGGGCUACUUGAAGAAGAGGACACAGAAUGGCACGGACAAAGAGACCUUAUCCAGUUGGCGCAGUCCGUUUUGGAAUGCUGUAUGGCCAGCGAAAUCCUUCUCAACGAACUCUUCAUCCAGCUCAUUAAACAGACUACUGAUCAUCCAGACCCGAAUAGCCGUGUCAACGUGAGGCACUGGCAAAUACUGUCCCUAGCGUGCAGCAUAUCAGCGCCAACGGACCGACGCAUCCUAAACUACCUGCAUGCUCACCUGAGGCAUUGUGCCAUGGAUGUCGUUACUGAGGAAGGACAGUUUGCUCAAUUCGCGCUCAAGUGUUUGAUGAGAACGUUGGAAACUCACGGGAGGAAAUGGCCGCCAUCACGUGACGAAGUUUCGUGCACAACGAGACGCCAUCCUUGUCGCGCACGGGUGCAUUUCCUCGAUGGACAAGUGCAGAAUGUGGACUUCGAUCCGUGUGUCAGUGCCGCAGAGAUCCUGGAGGUGGUGAAGAGCAGGAUCAACCUGAGGGCCAACGCUCUGGGUUAUGCACUCUAUGAAGUAAUUGGCGCGACGGAACGGGCCAUGCAGCCCGAUGAAAAAAUAGCGGACGCCAUGGCAAAGUGGGAGCGAUGGGCACAAGGGCAACAGAGCAAAGGGAAUAAGCAGCAGUACUUCUUGUUUAAGAAACAUUUGCUGUUGGAUGCGUACAUGGACAUGAGCGACCAGGUGGAGGAAGAGCUGUUGUUCCAUCAGCUUGUCUACAACAUUCGUUUCGACCGGUUCCCAGUCACAGAGCAGGAAGCUGUGAUGUUAUGCGCACUGAAAGCGCAGCUGGACCACGGGGACUUUCAAGAAGCAGUUGUUGAUUAUAGAAAAGUGAUGGCCCAGUGUCUUCCGAUGCGUCUGUUGAAGCAGCUUCCUGCAGACCUUGUGGUCACCCAGCACCAGGUCUUGGCCGGGAUGAAUGUGCAGGAGAGCAAGCGUGCCUUUCUCUCCCUCCUGCACUCGUGGCCCUUGCACAGAGCUACCAUCUUCGAAGUCUCGCAAUCCUACACAUCAUCGUGGCCCAAGAUGUUGUGGUUUGCUGUUGACCAGACAGGAAUUCAUCUACUCGAGCUGCGGACCAGAAACGUUCUCUGCACGUGUGAAUACGACAGCAUCGUCAACUAUAGUCCCUCGCUCAACAGCCUCAUGAUUGUCACUGGAGGUGGGAAAAAGGGCGCAAAGUAUAUCUUCACCACAAACCAGGCUCUCCAGAUUGCCAGCCUAGUGAAAGACUACACCAACGUGCUCCAGCUGAAGCGCAAGCCGCAGGAACGGCGACGGACGCACUUCGAACUCUCGGAUCCCAUGACGCCACAGACUCCCCUGGGGCCUCCGGGUGACCCAGGGACGCGUCCUGCAUCUAUUCUCUACAAACCUCCUCCUCCUCCUCCUCCGCCGCCGCAUCUAGUGGGUGGAGAUGUUGUGUAAGCUGAAAUACUCGAGCGGGAACACAGAAAACGGGAACGGGACGCGUGAUCAAGCAGCGCCGCUGCAGCAGCCCUGCCGAGGGUCAGAAUUUUCUUUCGUUGCUUCGUCAGCUAACUUCUGGCUUGCUCUGCAACAAGAAAGUAUAUUUAAAAAGUUACGUCUGUAUAAUUACAAAGCGGGGCGAAUGUGCAUUCAUUCCGGCGUACAUGCCGCCAAAGAAAGCACCUCUGGUAGAUUGCAAUAUGGUUGCCGCCGCCGUCGACGAUUGCCGCAUUUCAAUUUUUCGUGUUGUGUUUAUCGGUUUGUGUUUCCUGCCCUCAGGAUAGUUCCAUUUCGUUGGGUUGCCUGAAUCUCUCGGUGGUCUUUUAUUGUUUGCUGUUCAUUUUCUGGAACAAGUAAAAGACGCACAGAGAAAGGUCAGGAACGGAAAUCGAUGCGCAGAAACUGCUAAACUGUUUCCUUCCAUUGUGGAAUGCGGCGCACACAGGAGGCAGUGGCUUCUGUGUUUCGUGCUUGCACUUGUACCGAGUUGCCACGUGUCAUGCACUUUGCUCCGUCGCUGAGUUAACUGAUUAGCCCUCGGACUUUAAUCGCGGUUACAACUGCGUUCCAAUGUGUACACUGACUCCGUUGUGAUAACAAUACGCUUAUUGAGCUUCACUCAUCGUCGUAGCAUUUUGAAAUACUUUGUGGAGGGCUGCUAGCAGCGGCGCAAACCCCAAGACUGGGCCUAACGAACAACAGGCGACAAACUAUUUUUUUGAUGUUCCAUUCCUACUCAACAACUUAUUGUUCAGAAGAGUCGGUAUGUGCACAUGUCGUGGCAAAAUUUCAGGUUGCUCACUAUAGAAAGUAGGGUAGUGAUUGCAACGUUUUACAGAUGCGUUACUUGCGUUCAAUGUGUUAUGCACGACAUUUUGUAUGAAACACAUAAAUGUGUUUAAUACAAGGAGCAAGAAGCAGCGAUGUGUCUCACUGAACAUCGCUGAGUUGUCUGCAUUUACAGAACCAAUGUGCACUCAUCAACUUCACAAGGCCCGAUAAUAUUUAUUCCGGUAACUUAUUUCUCUUCUCACGCGCAUAAUGUUACUUGUAAUUUAUUUUGUGCUGAUAUGUGUGAACGACACGUUUCUUUUAAAACUUUUACGUGCACUGUGUUUAAAAAAAAAAAAAAAGGUUGCCAUUUUUAGAGCAGGGAUUUUUUUCUGAAGGGCAAUUUUGUGGCGGGCAGUAUUUUUGUCGGAUGCGAGCGUUUAUGAAGGCAUGGGAACAAAGCUUUUUGCGUGAGUGAAAUUGUGCCAAUAUGUACUUUGUAUUGGCAUCCCACCCGUUUUGAGGAUUCUGAGCAAAUUUUAUAGGAUGCCAUCCCCCCAUUGUCACUGUAGGAAACUUUUUUUUUUCGUAUUUCAUACUCAGUGUGUGUGCGUGUGUGUGUGUGUCUUCCAUGUUCGUUUCUAGGAAGAUUUUUUAUGACCUAGCCAACGUUAUUAAGGGGCGUAUUGAUACGUACUUACAUAUAUACAGUACAUGGGUAGAUACAUACUGCUACGCAUGCAUUAUCCAGCAAAUUGUAUUCAGUAGAGGUUUUUAAAAGCUUUUCUCCGGCAAUAGAGAAACAUUUUUGCUCAAUUUUUUGCUUCCAAGCCAGGGGAAAAAAACAGUGCCGAUUUAUCAUAUCAGCCAUCAUCUUUAACGUGGCUUACAGCGAACAAAAGCAAAAAAAAAAAAAAAAUCCUGCGUUUUAUCUCUCUUAACCAGGAUCGUACUCCUUCGUCAUUUUCUUGAGAUACCCGUAAUCUUGUAAUCAAUAUCGUGACAAGAUAUCUGAAAUUGCGAAGUAACGCUGCAUUUUUUUAUUUUUUUUACCUCGCUUCAUUUUUGCAACACCAUGUUGGAAACGUGUGCUCUUGUUAGUUACCUAACGUGCACCUAGUUACACUAAUUAGCGCUUUUACGGGAGCACUUACAAUAAGCGAUUUGGCGUUAGAUAAAAAAAACAACAACCCCAAUCUGGAUAAAUACGCAGGAUAGUACACAUGCUGUUUCUCGUCUCAUUGAAACUCGGUCUGUGUUGUGAUAUGCAGUUUUUACUGUGCCGUGUAAUCCUUGCCUCAGACGACAAUAAGUAUUCAAGGCACGACGAAACUGAAGGGCCUGAUGAUUAAUUGUGACAGGGCCUUCUUAUUACAAACAGGCAUAGCAUCAAGGUCUAAUAUAAUUUUACUUUUCGAAUUUGUGAAAAAUUGAUUAAAAUAGAAGGUUUAGUCAUGCAUGUACAUACACUGGCGUGAAUGUGACAGACAAGAGGCACUUUGUACUGUAUUACAAAACAAGCUUUGAUGUAAGUUUUUGCUGGCGUCACAUCGAAUGUUUUAAAGAAGGCUUCUCGCACCUAUGUGCACAUUUCUGCACAUAGUAGUCGCAGAAACCGCAACAUAGCACUGCCGCACUAGCAGGCACUGAUGUUUGUGUUCACCAAAUUGCAUGAUGUCAUUCGUUAUCACAUGUAACCUAAAACGCCAAUGGCUGUGAUGAAGACAUCUUUUCUUUUUUGUUGUUACACUGGGCAUUUAAAUACAUUAAGCCAAACGCAGAGGCCGAAACAUCGUAAUAUACGGAAUCGUUAUACACGGAUUCGUUAUACACGGUCUUCAUUCAGUAAGACUUAUGCGGGCAGUACAUCGACUAACAUCAAAUCACUUCGUUGAAAAGUGUCGACGUUAUCAGAUAAGAGCUGGUGAAACGCCGCAUCAGUUGCCAAAGAAAACAUUUCCAGUUGACGGGCAUGAAGGCAGCUUCGAAAGUAGUUCAACAGACGGAAACUACUAUUCAAAAACCUAUAGUUCGGGGAGUAGUUGUAAUACUAUUGAACUACCGGGAGUGGCUGCGGGUAGUUUUAACUAUACGGCCCGUCACUGAAGUACUUAUCACGCAAGUUCAAAGUAAAUCUUAGGUCGAAUUUCAAAUUGCACGCUGCCACAACUUUGUUCAGUACUCUUGUACUGCUAAUAAUAUUUCUAGCCAAUAUAUAGGUUUUACAUCUUAAGCGUACACCGAUGUUAUAGCAUCUAUGAUUUUCGUCAAUUCGAUUGAUACGUCAUUUUGGCAAAUGGCAUUUCAGGUGUAGGAUAUUCAACGUAAAUGCGAAAGUAAAGGACCUUCAUAUGUGAUAUUAAAUACGAACACUAAAAUACAUGUCACGGGAAAUUGUGGGUGGAGUUUCUGAAUUACAUAUUUGAGAAAUCGCGCUUCUUUCAUGACACUUCUUGGAACAUUAUUAGUUUGUGGCACCGAACGAUGUGUACAUAUAUGUUCAUCUGAGCUUCUGAGUAAAAUAUGACAACAUUACGUUAAUAACAUGUGUUACGUAUAAUGUAUCGCACACUUCCAUGGACAUCAAGGUAAAACCAUCCGGUAGGACGUGACAAGAAAGUGUAUUGUUCAGUAUUUAUUACCGUCACACGUUACGUACAGAUAUUUAUUGUAACAUUUCAUGCUAAACUAAGUCUAAGCCAGUUCAUGAAACGUAGGCAUUUCACGAACACACAAUACAUUCAUACCUCGCUCAGUAUGUUUCAUUUUCGGACUGUGUACUCUUUGGCUCUUGCGAAACGUUAAAAGGUCGGUGAUCCACAGCGGAACACUAUAUUAACUGUGGGGGCUUUACAUGUUACAGCUAACUGUUUUCGACACUGUACUAUUUCCGUCGCACUGUAAAUAACGCCUUCCCGCUUUUUCCUGUUGAGCCAUGCAGGCUUUCUUUUUGUCUCGAUUGAUGUGUAAUAGUAUUUCAUCUUGCAAACUAUGUAAGACGUCGAAAAUUAUUCAUAACGGGGUCUCUAAAGGGAUGCAACGGGCCCCGAGGCACCUCCUCAAAAGCUAUAUAGACGUGCAAAUAAUAGCAUGCAUAGAUAUAUAUAUAUAUAUAAUAUAUUCCGCUUUAUAUGCCUGAUGUAUUACACAUCACAGAUGAACGAGCGCUCAAUAUACUGUUCGCUAAUAUAUGCCUGAAAGCCGGUUUGGAUGUAAUUGAGUUCCUUUAUUCGGGUUCAGAUUUUACUCAUUAAAUUCUGCAUACGUUUCUGCAUUCGCAGCAACAAGAAAUUACGCUUUUUUGUACGUAUCACCCUUUGUUAGCGAGGUAUAAUGUCAUGGGUUGUGAUAUUUGUUUCCGCCAUUACUAUGUAGACUUGAGAUCUAGACUUGCUAUCAUUUUCCCCAAGUCCUCAUCAGUUGUAAGGUUACAAAACCAACGUAAAAAAAAAAAUUCGCUUUGCAUUAGCAUGUCGUUGAAUUUCCCCGAUUGGACAACAGCGAAGGCGAAAACGACAUCCCUUGCAGUCGUCCAAUCAUCCGCGAAGUAUCACACUGACGUCAGUGACGCAAACUCAAACAACGCCACCUAGAUACAGACGGCCUGCUUAUUGUCUCCUCUCUCUCUCCUUGGUUACGUGUAUAUAUAAGGUCAGAAUUCGUCCGCUACUGCGUGUCGCCGUUCCGCGAAUUCAUGAACUCGCAAAUGAUUGUAGUAGUUAACUUGGAACCUGCAGUCCUGAAUCUGUAGACAAAAAGUGCAACACGCUUUCCAAAAAAUCAGUCUUGAGAAAGAUAUUUUAAAGAUUUCCCAUUUAGAACGCGGGGACGUUCAAUCACUACUCGCACACGACGGUGGUUCGUCUCCAUGACAACGACCGCUGAAAGCACGUUCGUGAUUGGCUACCGCCGUUGAAACACACGAUCCUGAUUGGCUGACUCUUAGUUGUUACGUCACGCCGACGAGUAAGCAGGCUUUCUCUAUCUAGGUAGCGUUGACUGAAACGCCACCAUCAAGCCUUCAUGAUUGGACGAUAGCGAUAAAGAGAACUAGCGCUCUCGUCCAAUCAGCGGUCGACUGCGUCUGUGAACAUUGCGGUUUCUUUUGCUCAUAAAUCAGGAACGACGCAACUGAUAUGUCUCGUUCCUUUUGUGUGACGUCAACGUAACGAUAUCUUUCAUUCUGCGAGGACAAAUAUUUGCACUUUAGUACCCCCUUUAAAUAACGACACUAGAUUACUCUGCACUAAACUGCCCUGGCACGACGAAUCGGCUUCGACCCCCUACCUUUGCACGGUGGGCGGGGCGCUUGCGAGCGAGCACCUCCCCCUGCGGAGGGACGUCACGCUUGCGUCACAGCGGGGAGGAGUCUAGAAGAGCACGGGCAAUUUAGUGCAGAAUAACCUAAACUUUAAUACAUAGCCUAGCCUCGAGUCUGCAUCCUUGUUCAUUUCAAUGUGCAUAAUUCUCCUAGGACUGUGAUUGUGAGUUGCGUUUUUGUUCGAUGGCUUUGCCAGAAAGCUCAUAUAUUCCAUGGUGCUGUCACGUGCAAACUGUGAAGAAAAGAUGACUUUUGCGUGUUGGUGCUGGCCGAAAUUUCGCUUUCCGACUCCAUGGCGCACUGUGUACUAUGUGUACGACGAGGACUGUACAGCUUGAAGGAAAGAAAAAAACAACAACACUAACGAUGGAUAUCUAAAAACUGUGUAUUGUGGUGAAAAAAAAUCACUCCGCUCUUUGCAUAUAUUGUCUGCCACGAUGUAUAACAUAAUACUGUACCUAGUCAUAAAUACUGUUCCUGAUUGAACAGCCAAUGUUUUGAUAAAUAUAUACUUAAUAAAGAAGUUGUAAGAAUUA